AUUCGUUCGAAGACAUUUCGCACAUUUGUUUCUUCUGAUAUUGUGACGAAACUAAAACAGGCUAUAGUUAUUGAUAGAAAAUGGAGGCUGAAGCUUCAACAGAGGUCCAAUCUCUGAUUGCCAAGGCAUUUGAGGCAAGUGGCAGUAAUUCUAACACUCCAGCAGAGUGCAGCACAGAAGAGCAGUACCUAGUAAUACCACCGGAACAUGUCAAUGAAGAAGUUAUUGUGAUAGAUACAACAGCUACAGAUGCUCACCGUGUUACUCGAAUUAAAGUAGGCAACCAAGAAUUCAACGUCACCAAAGUAGAGCCACAAAGAGAAGAAGAUGAAAGCACUGCCCAACCCAUGGACUGCAGUAUUUCUAGUGAAAAUGGUGGUGGUGGUGAAGAAAUGGAAGCAGCAUCGUCAAUUAUGGCAAUACAAGCAGCAUCAUACACUAAACCUUUGACAUUUGAAGUGAUUGAGUCUGCAUCACAGCGGGGCCUUCCUAAGCUGAUGGAUAGCUUUGGAUAUGGCUACACACUACGACGCACUUCAAAUGUGAAGUCAAGAGGGAGAUACAAGGGGAAAAAGGCCAACUUGAAAAGAAUGUACUGGCGUUGUGCUGUGAGAGGGAAACAAUACAGCUGUGGGGCUGGUGUGAUUCAGGAGGGUGAUGAUGUUUUUAUUCGUAACGACCAGCAACAUGGACACUUGCCAAAACCAGAUGGUGUCCAGCAGGUCAAGAUCAGGAAACAGGUAAAGUUGCUGGCCCAACAAAACAUCUUGGAUACUGGUCCAGCCCUAGUCAAUUCUGUGUUGCUGGACAAUGCUGAGGGAGACGAAACAGAGUGCAGUCGAUCUAUCCAUUCAAACCUUGUGCGGACAGCCAACCGUAUCAGAGAGAAGAUGAAAGAAAAAGCGGAAAUUACUGUGGAGUCCCUGUUGCAAAAUGUAUUCCAGUAUUUUCAAAAUGAGGAGAGAGCAGGCGCUGUCAGUAACUUGAAUAACCCCAUGAAGAGAUUAAGUGAAGCAUCUGGUAUGCCAACUCGAACAUUGAGGAAGAAAUUAGGUCUUGUGAACGAAAAAGAAAUAGCUAUUAAACGUUGUGUCGGAGGUGAAGUAAAAAAAACACAGGCAGAAUCAGGCAACUCGACAGAAGAUGCCAUUAUAGAUGUUCUAGAGGAUUUGGAGAAAAAGAAAGUGAAUUUUACUACAGUGAAUGUAAGGUCUGCUCUUAGAAUGAAAUAUCCAGCACUAAGCAUAUCACAGGUUGUGCUUGGACGAACUCUUCGAAAACUUGGAUAUCAAACAAGAAAUACACACAUAUUUGAUUUGGAACUUGAGAAAAAAUCUGUAGUAGUGCAUAAAAAACCUGAAGUUAUCAAAUUGGUGAGAAACACAUGAGCACCUCAAAUACCUGACUGUGUACACCUUGAUGAACCUUGAUUUACAUUCUAAUUAGGAUCAUGUGAAUAAUCUUCUUAACUCCAUUACAAUAAACAGUUAUACAUUUAGUAUACUAAGAAUCUUGAGAAUGAUGAAACUUUUUCAGACAGUGACUGGUAAUUUUGAAAAAUUCGUACUCAGAGUGGGAGAUGUGUGCAAUAAACAUAAUGGAGAUGAAUUGACCUAUUAGUGGGAGAGUUGUGUAUACAAAUUUUGAGUAAUGUCGAAGUACUCAUAUCGUAGACAUGAAGAAGAAAGUCUUGUGGAGUUGCUGAAAUGUAACUGUAUUCACAUCUGGACAUGAAUUGUAUGCAGUGAGUCGUGUCAAGGUGCUAUAACAUUAUUACAUUCACACAUCUAGAAGUGUGUUAUGAAGUGUCUUGUGAUAUGAAGUAAAUUAAGUAGAGAUGCUGAAAUGUGACAGUAUUCACAUCUAGACAUGUGUUGUAUGCAGUAAGUCUUGUGGAGGUUCUAUAACAUUAUAAUGUACACACAUCUAGAUGUGUGAUAUGAAGUGUGUCUUAGGGAUGUGCUGAAAUGUAAACAUACUCAAGUGAAGACAUGUGUCUUGAAGUAAAUUUGGUGGAGAUGCUGAAAUGUAAAGAUACUCAAGUGUAGAUAUGUGUCUUGAAGUCAAUUUGAUGGAGAUGCUGAAAUGUAAACAUACUUGCAUACAGCUGUGGGUGUAUGAAGAGAGUCUUAUGGAAUUAACUCCAUCUACAGGAACAUUUGGAGAUGCCCUUAUUCCAUUGAGUGCAACUUUUCUUCUGCUUAUCUUUAGAUCACUUUGAGUUUGUGAUAACUGGAUGAGUUUUGGUCCGAGGCAUCCUUGUGCGGAAAAUUGAUUUUGUAUAAAUGUUGAGUCUAUGUACCCUAGGAAAUUAUAGGUAAAUCUUUAGUCCUUCAUCAUUGGGAUAAAAGUGUUUUAUCUAAAUAUUACAUCCUUACAUCAAGGGAAUUCCAUUUUGUAUAAAUGAAGGGCUGUCCACUUUGGAUUGAAGGCCGGAACCUGAUAGAGGGUCUGGAAGUAAAUCUUGAAAAGUUCUUUUUGGAAAUUCUUUGUAGUAUAACUAAAUUGCUUGAAUAUCCAGGUGAGCAUCACAGACCCUAUUGGCCUCUUGUUUAUAUGAAUUCUACCUUAGACAUUUUUAUCAUUACUUGUUAAAAUUCUUUAAAACUUCAUUCUGUUGUUUUGAACCUCAGACACUUGAAAAACCAUGUUGGCAAACAAAUAUGUAUUAAAUACAGCAUGAAGACAAAUGUUGACCAACACUGAAUUUUUAAGUUUGGCGUUGAACACUUGGUACAGAGAAACAAUAACUGUAUGAUUUUUAGAGUCAACAAUUGGCCAGAUUGCUGAUUUUCCUAUAUUUACAACAGCAAGGGCAGACAUUAUCUCUCUCGUUACUCUUCCUAUUUACAAAUAUUUACACAAAUUAACAAAGUUGAGAGUUUAUAUCCCAGUAUACUGGAUUUUAUAUGAUUGCAUAAAAAGGGUUUGGAGUUGUCAUUAACAUUGAAUCAACUUAAAUUUGUUUAAUGUCUCCACUUAAUUUGUUUAGUCAGGCCUAUUUACAGGUCUCUGUAUUUCACAAUGUGUUCUGAGCCUCAGUAUGAUAUGCAUGUGUAGAGAGUUAUUGACCACACUGAGGAUGAAUGUAUGUAAUGUUUGUACAGACUAGAGUAUACAAGGAUAUUUUGAAAGAAUCCAGAAAAGAUAAAGCCAAACUUAAUUUUUAAACAUGUUUGAUGUGUUCAGUACCGUUCUGUUUUUAUGCCAUAAGGAUUUAUUCUUCCCUAUUUCAAUUGCUCUUAAAUUUUCUCAUGAAAUGUGAGAAUGUAUUUCCUAUGGGUAUGCUUUUGCUUUGAAAUCAUGUGAGAUAUUUGUGAAGUCCAGUGCAGGCAGGGACCAUUUACAUUGUUUAUGCUACUGAAGUGUUCAUGCCAAGUGUAUGUUAGGGUGAGGGUGUCUCUCUCAGCAUUCACAUGACAGAGGCACACUUGUCAACAGUCAGUGCAAGUGUAUUUACAUGAUGUAGUUAUAUUAAAUGUUCUGUUCAUAUUGUUCAUUUGUUUAACAAAACUUCUAUUUUGCUCUUUGUUUUUCUGUUAUGUUUACCUUUGAACAGUGGUGUAACAAGUUGUACGAUUUGUGGUCAUGAUCAUUUGAUCAAAGUCAAGGUCAUAAGUCAAAUUAUCAACUGAAUUGUGCAUGUUGCCACAAAUGAAUAGUUUCACCUUUUACAAUUCUUGUAAUAAAAGUCAAUUAGUGUAAAUUGUAGAAAUGAUAGUACAUACAACACAAUUUAAGUAAGAUUAAAAGGAAGCAUGCUGCCUGAAGUCUGAGACUGUAAGGUAGCAUACCGACUUAAGUCAGAGACUGUAAGGUAGAUUACCGACUUAAGCCUGAGACUGUAAGGUAGCAUGCUGACUUAAGUUUGAGACUGUAAGGUAGCAUACCAACUUAAGUCUGAGACUGUAAGGUAGCAUACUGACUUUAAGGUAGCAUGCCGACUUAAGUCUGAGACUAUAAGGUAGCAUUUCGACUUAAGUCUGAGACUGAAAGGUAGCAUACUGACUUAAGUCUGGGACUGUAAGGUAGCAUACUGACUUAAGUCUUGGACUGUAAGAAGCCUAUAAUGGUUUUUUGUCAUGUUGGAUGUAUUUUGUGCUGUACCAGACAUGGAGUUUACUUCAUUUUUAACUUGCCUCUCAAAAGGAGUGGGGAGCUUAUUUUGUCACAUUAGUGCCAGCUUCAGUGUUGGUUUCUAAAUGUUAAGUGGUGAAAGGCAUCAUUAAAUUUCUUUAUAAACUCAUUUAGUUUGGGGGUAGCUAUGUGGCUUCUAUUAUUUAUAGGAGUCAGAAUAAAUAAUUUUUCAGAAAAAAGUCUAGAUGGUUUUUUUGGGUUUUUUUUUUUAUAGUUUUUAUAUUAUUACAUUUUGGACUUCUGACUUUUUUUAUGUAAAAUCUGAAGUUAUAAAUGAAUUUUAAGAAAAAAGUCAGAUUUGUUUUUUCUUCAAACAUUUUUGAACCAAAUUUUUGAAGACCAUAUUUCCUGUUUAAAUAUCAGUAUAUUGGGAUAUAGAUUCCAGUUGGUGAAACCCCACCCUAAUGCUAGUUUUAGUUUAAGCAAAGAACAAUAUGAGACAGGCUAUUGUACCAUAGGCACUACUCGUUAAUUUUUUUGGUCACUUGGGAAAAUAUACGGUAGGCUGUCCAUCUUUAAUUUUAAUCAAGUUUUUCUUUAGAUCAAUGAAAAUUUAAACAGUAUUUGUAUUUGUUUUACAUGGAUAGGCUUUUUACAUGAACUCUAAGGCAUGUGAAUGUUAAAAUACAUUGUAUAUGUUUACAUAUCUGUUAUUA